UUACCUUGUUUACUAAUGAAACCAGAGCAAGCAACCAACCAACCGAGCCGGGAGUCAGCGGCGCGGAGUCAGCGGCGACAGUCUGGUAUAAAAGCACGUGUCCAUCUGUCCCUCGACACAACCACCUCCUCCCCACGACAGCGACAACCUCCUCGCCGCCUCCACCGCAGUCCCCGCACAAUGAACGCCAAGGUGGUCCUCCUCCUGUCCCUGGUGGCAGCCGCCGCCGCCGAAGGCUCACGGUCUCGAGAGAACUCAUACGGCUCCCAUGGCUCCGGCUCCGAUGAGUCCAAGUACGACUUCAGCUACCAGGUCAAGGACGACUACGGCAACGACUUCGGCCACCGGGAAAACCGUGACGGCGACUACACCGAGGGAUUCUACUACAACCUCCUGCCCGACGGCCGCCUGCAGAAGGUCAAGUACGAAGUUGACGGCUACUCUGGCUUCGUGGCCGACGUCAGCUACGAGGGCGAGGCUCACUACGACUCUGGCUCCUACGAGUCCCGGGGCUCUGGCUCCCGCGAGUACUACAGGCCGAGGUACUACAGAGGCUACGACUCCAACGAGUCCAAGUAAUUCCUGACGGAGAGCAGUAGUAGUCCAGGAUCACCUCAUCAUCACCACCGCGCCAUCGCUGCACGCGUCUUCGCCAUCACCGCUUUCCCGCAACUCAUCAACAACCAAAUACACACACUCUACUAUUAA